GGUGCUCUGAGGAGGAAAGACCCACCCUGAGGCGGGAAGGUGGCCAGAGAUGUGGCCAGAGCUCUGAGCUGGUGGUCCAUGAGAAGCUCCAGGAUGGGGAGAGGCCCCACCAGUGCUUGGAGUGUGGGAGGAGUUUCUUCACAAGGUCCCGCCUGCUCCGCCACCAGAUGAUCCACACGGGGGAACGGCCCUAUGAGUGUGGGGAAUGUGGGAAGAGCUUCAGAGACACCUCGGAUCUGCUCCGCCACCAGACCGUCCACACCGGGGAGCGUCCCUAUGAAUGUGGGGAAUGUGGGAAGAGCUUCAGCGUCAGCUCCCACCUGACCGUCCACCAGAGGAUCCACACCGGGGCACGGCCCUACGAAUGUGGGGAAUGUGGGAAGAGCUUCAGCAUCAGCUCCAGUUUGAUCCGCCACCGGAUGAUCCACACCGGGGAACGGCCCUACCAGUGUGAGCAAUGUGGGAAGGGCUUCAGGAAGAGCUCCCACCUGGUCAGGCACCAGAUGACCCACACUGGGGUGCGACCCUAUGUGUGUAGGGAGUGUGGGAAGGGCUUCCGUGACAGCACUGACCUGAUCAUCCACCAGUCAAUUCACACCGGGGAAUGUCCCUACAAGUGCUCAGAGUGUGGGAAGAGCUUCACCCAGCGCUCCACCCUGAUCCUCCACCAGAGGGUCCACACCGGGGAGAGGCCCUACAAGUGCUCAGAGUGUGGGAAGAGCUUCGCCCAGAGCUCCUACCUGAACAUCCACCAGAAGAUCCACACCAGGGAGACGCCCUACAAGUGCUCACAAUGUGAGAAGAGCUUCGUCUAUCGCUCCAGGCUUAUCGCCCACCAGCGCACCCACAGCACGGAGGGACCCUAACAGUGUCCCCAGUGUGGGCAGAGCUUCUCCCAGAGCUCUACCGUGAGCCAAGAGCAAGGGAGGCCCCGGUAAGGGAAGCCCUGCGCGUGCCCCGCGUGCGGGAAGAGCUUCGUGCGCUGCCCCAGCUCCAUCCUCCUCUGGAUUGUUAGAAAUACACUCGAGAGAGUGUUAAAAUUGCUUAAAGAAAAGUUUUAUUAAUUAUAGCAAGCAAGAUAAUAAGCAAAUCACAGCGCGCUGGCGGCCAAAAAGUAACCCACUUCUGGCCGUGUCUCCGUGCCCCCCCGCAUUCCUUUUUAUCUGUUCGGCUCUUCUGC